AUGAUUGGUUGGACUGGAAGCACAGACUGGAGAGGUCUCCUGCGUUCCCCAAAUUCCUCUCCUUCAGAAGUGCUGGUUCCAGGAUACUUCUCUCUGUGGGCCCUGCUCAAAGUGCUCCAUCCAAGAGCCAUCCUGUGCAAGGACGUCCACCGCCAGGCUCCUUCACCAGCGGCUGCAUCGGGACCAGUCAAACAAGUCCCUGACAACUCCAAGUAUGGCAGUAAAUAA